AUACACACCCAAAGACAAAAGUGAAACGAAAUUUCCCUGCAGCCAUGUAAAAGGGAGAACAGGUGCUGUAAGUCACCGAACACAUUAACAGCUGAAAAACUUGACUGAAGAUAGGAUUAUCAUGGCUCCAACUUUGUUUGAUAAGAAGCCAGAGCCUGGGGAUUUGAUUGAGAUCUUUCGAGGGGGCUAUCAACACUGGGCAGUGUACAUCGGAGAUGGUUUCGUCAUCCACCUUGCCCCCCCAUCUGAGAUAGCACAUGCAGGCGCCAACAGCAUGAUGUCAGUCCUGUGUGACAAGGCCAAGGUGAAGAAGGAGGAGCUGUAUAAGGUGGUGGAGAGAAAUGAAUACCGUAUCAACAACCUGCUUGAUUCCAAAUACGAACCCAAGAGCCCUGGUGCCAUAGUGAGGGAUGCUGAGAGACGGGUGGGACAGGAGCUGCCAUACUCUUUCAUUCAAAGGAACUGUGAGCAUUUUGCCACAGAACUGAGAUAUGGGAAACCUGAGUCACGACAGGUAUGCCAAGCCAGAGAUGUAAUGCUAGCAGCAGGGGCAGCUGCUGCAGUUGGUAUUGGAGUCUUUGCUAUUGCUUCCUACUUUAUGGGUGGCAGCAAAGAGAAGAAGGACCACCAAUGAGCCAGCUCACAGAAAUGCACAACCACCCAGCCUUAAUUUAGGUAAUUCUGCCAUACACCAAUUCCAGGAAUGACCUGGUUCUGUUGAUAAACCCUCAAAAAAAUUAUUGAUAACUCAUAUUUGUUAUUCGUUUUAUAAGUUAUAUUAUAUGUAAUAUUAAAUAUGAACUCAGUACUGCCUGCGGAACUGUCAAAUAUAUUAUAAUAGUUCGUACUAUACUUGUAGUAUUGUCAUGAUGUUAAUGUUUAAUUAAUGAUGAAUAAAGCGUGGAUUAACUCGA